AGGUUCUUAAAAACCCGUCAUUUGAAAAAAAAGAAAAAAGAAAAAAAGGAAUUUCUAUACAAAAUAGUAAAAAAUAAAAAAUCAUCAAAAAAAUUCCUUCUUCUCUUCUUUCAUUCAAAGUUUCAAUUUCAACCCAAAGAAAGGUUAGGAAAACCCAGAAAGAAAAUGGCAAUGGUGACUGUAUCCAAUUUAGUUUCAUAUCAAAAGAGUCAUGAAUUCCAUGUAAUUUGCAGAAGGAGAGAAAAAGGAAGAGAAAAUCAAAGUAAUUACCCCUAUAAAGUCAUUGAAAUUACACCCCCGCCCAAGUCCCUUGGUGUUCGUUGCUUCCCUCCUAAUUUGCAGUGUGGGGAGAGUGUGACGAUCGAGGGCCAAACAUACACGAUAUCAGCUGUAACACAUCGGUACCAGCUUCGUAAAGGGAAGUAUGAACCUAGUGAGAAACGGCUUGAUGUUCAAUCAACAGGGAGAUACAUCUUAAAUUUAUAUCUUGAAAGCUUGCUAGAACAGUCUUGAUGCUUAGUUUUCUGUACAUUUUUGUAAUAUGCUUAACUAGAGUUGGAUAAUGUGUGACCAUCAUUUGUAUGAAAUUAUGAUCUCAUUAUCUCAGUGCAUCAAAUUGUAACGCUAA